AUGGAACACAUAACUGUAGAAUAUUAUUGUGCUGGUACUUCUUAUUUAUUACCAGAAGCUAUUGAGGAAAUCAUUCAAUCUCGAGGGAUCGUUAAAAAUGCAUGUAGGGAAAUGGCUUAUAAAUAUAGUACUUUAACUCGUAGAAUAUAUGAAAUUUGGAAAAGACAUGCUGAAGGAUUACUCUUGCGCAAACAGCAACUAAUACAUAGCAUUGUCUUUUCUGAAAUAAUGCCCGAAAAUAAUACUUCAG